GGCCUUGUUAACAAUGUCAACUCCCGGACCCGAGCAGCCCUCUAUGUGGGGGCCACCCAGAAGAGAUCACCCCGCAAAACCAGGGUACAACACAGGUGACGGACCAAGUUCGGGGAGAGCGGGAAUGAGAGAGAGCGUGCGCGCUCGUGCUCGUGAGUGCCUGCGUGAGCGCGCCGCACCUCCCUUUACCGUCGUGCGCGCGCCCGCGCCUCGCAGCCCGACCGUAAAGACGCCCGGCUGUGUCGUGAAAGGAGCCGCAACGCGCAGAGCGCUGGUUGACGGCCGAGACUCCAUUUUGUUCGCCGCUUCUCAGCUCGUAAGUCGCUUCUUUCCGUGGCUUCUCUGAGGAGAAAAGUUUAAAAAGGGUAAAAGUUUUAAAGAAUAUUCUGGAGUUGCGUUGCUAAACGUAGCGAGUGUCCAUUUUGUCUCUCCAGCAGACGUCGCGCCCGCGCUUCCGAAGCAGCAGAAGAUGCGGCCCCUGGACAUCGUCGAGCUGGCGGAGCCCGAGGAAGUGGAGGUGCUGGAGCCCGAGGAAGACUUCGAGCAGUUUCUGCUGCCCGUCAUCAACGAGAUGCGCGAGGACAUCGCGUCGCUCACCCGCGAGCACGGGCGGGCGUACCUGCGGAAUCGGAGCAAGUUGUGGGAGAUGGACAAUAUGCUCAUCCAAAUAAAGACGCAGGUGGAGGCCUCGGAGGAGAGCGCCCUGAAUCAUCUUCCGAACCCCAACGACGGGGUCGAGGGCAGGGCGGCCAAGAGGUGCGAGAAGGCCGAGGAGAAGGCGAAGGAGAUCGCGAAGAUGGCAGAGAUGCUGGUGGAGCUGGUCCGGCGGAUAGAGAAAAGCGAGUCGUCGUGAAGCGGCGUCGGCGGUUUACAGCCAAUGGAUUUUGGUCGACUGAUGGAGAUUGGCUGACACCCUGGAGAAGCUGAAGCCAGAGAGCCUUUUGUUUUCUCUUUUUUCCUCUGUCUAUACUCUGUCCUCACUUACACUACGUUUCUGCUAUGGUCUGUGGUUGAUGACCUCAAUAUGAGUUUUGAUUGUUAAAUGUUUUUGUUUGGAGAAGUAACUUUUGUUUGGAAUAAUGCUCUCACAUACAGGAAUUAGGGCCUAGAUUGUAAGCUCUUGUAGCAGUCACAUUUGUUCUUGGGCUUUGGUUGUUAUUUCUAAAUUUUGAGGUGCUUUGCUCUUUCUUGUGUGACCUGAUAGCUCCCUGGAACUUUGGGUCUGUGUGUGACACAUGAGACUCAAGAGUUGGAGUUCUCCAGCUCUGGAGCUGCUGAAGGAGCUGCGUUGAUUCUAGAAGACAACUCCAUGCAGCAGCUGCUGAAGAAAGGACCAGACUUCAACUGGAAAUGUGGAUGGGGCUGAUCUGGCGAGGCCUAAUGAAUCUGAAGAUGGGGUGGAGAAUAUUAUUGUCUGUAUUUGGGGACUUUAAUUUCUAUGUGAGACCAAAGGAGGAGAGAUGUAUUUUGUUCAAAAUUUAAAUUCUAUGUGGUACACUAUCUGAUGUAACCUGUCUGGUGAGUUUAUUUGGACAACCUAACUCAUCUUUAUCUGACAUGGAACCUAGAAUAGGGGAUGAGAUCUUGAUAUUCUGUACAAGUUGAUGUAAUACCCUGAGGCAUUUCAAGGGAUUCUGGGCAUAAAAUGGAAGAGAUGUUUGCAAAAGACCUUGAGGGGAUGGGGAAGGAAAGCAUGGAAUCGUCUGCAUUGGACCCUAAACUGGACUGGGAAGAGGCAUCUUCAAGGUUCAUACAUUGUCCAGCUGUAAGUUCAUUUGAGUAGCAGACCUGACAAGUAUUUGAGGUCAAAACCCUACCAUGUUUAAAAAAAGAAAACUUACCAUAUUAAUAAAGGUAUUCAUUUGCUUGAAAAGA